CUGCGAUCGUCAUGGAUCGCAGUUGAAUCAUCGUGUGCCGUUUAUAUGGCGUAUAAACUGUCCAAAGUUUCAAUUAGUAAUAUUUUAAUUUCACUUUUAUUUAUAAAAAGUCUAGUGGAUUAAGUUAACCUUUUUUAACAUUUAAUUUUAUAACUUUAUCGCGAACAUGGCUGUGAACGUGUGUUUUUGUGUAAAACUGUCGCCUAACAAAAAAUCGAUUUUUGGAUUGAGAAUGAAGAGCCAAAUAUUGUAUUUGGUAUUGUUUACCGGUUUCUUGGCGGCUACUUCAGCUGCUGACACAGAAGUAUCUUGUGCAAAUGUGAAAAGUAUAUUUGAAAAGAAAGGAAUGUUGUCAAUGAUUGAUAUACAAGAACAACCGAAUUCAGAUGCCGGUGAGCUGUGUCUCAACAAGGGUUGUUGCGGCGCGGGAGCACGCUCACGUCUCACGCAACAAGCCCGCUCGCAGCUCGAAAGUGCUCUUCGAAGCGAACUGAGCAAAUUGGCUGACAUUUUAUCCAAUAGAGCCAAGCGUUUUGACGAGUUCUUCAGAAAACUCCUGCAGCUCUCACGGGAAGAGUUCCACGCCAUGUUCAAACGAACCUACGGCAUGAUUUACGAACAGCACACGUAUGUCUUCGAGCAAUUAUUCGAGCAAUUGGAAAGGUAUUACACCCGAGGCGAUAACGACUUCGACGAAAUGAUGGAUGGUUUCUUCGGAAUUCUCUACCAGAAGAUGUUCACCGUGCUCAACUCACAAUACAGCUUCGACGAGAAGUAUUUGAAAUGUGUGAACGAACACAUGCGAGACAUCCAACCAUUUGAGGACGUGCCGUCGAAACUGUCUGUACAGCUUCGACGCGCUUUCGUAGCCACUCGCACUUUCCACAAAGCACUGCGAGCUGGUGCGGACGUCGUCAGGAGCAUGAUGCAGGUCGGAGUCACUCAAGAAUGCGUGACAGCCUGGGCCAGACUGCGGUACUGCGGUACCUGUUCAGGACAGCAGCAACCCGCGUGCAGUCGUUACUGCCACAACGUUAUAAAGGGCUGCCUACCUACUCAUGCGGAUCUGGGCGAGCAAUGGGACGCUUAUGUUGAUGCAGUAGAAAAGGUCGCCGACCGUCUACUAGGACCAUUCAACAUAGCGAUGGUAGUAGAACCUAUCGAUAUUAAAAUAUCCGAAGCUAUUAUGAGCUUCCAGGAGCGCAACCAGGAGAUCUCACAGAAAAUCUUCUCUGGUUGUGGGAAACCGGUGUUGGGCGGAGGUGUCAGUACGGGUCCAUUCUUCGCCCCGGAUCGGAGUCGGCGUUUCGCCCGAUCUGUCAUUCCAGACUUCGAUUGGAACCACAAAUCCAAUGAUGUCGACGAUUUCGAAAUCGAAGCAUCAUUUGAGAGUCUUGUAAACGAUGACCCGUCUCUAAUAAGCCUUCGGAGCCCCGAGGGUAUUCGAAAAGCGACGGAGGAACUGGCCGAGCAGUCCAAAUCGAGGGAACGUUUCCUCCAGUACAUGAAAGGACAAAUUAAAUUAGAAGACUAUGAAGAAAAUGAGAGAGAAAAGAGGGACGCCGAUCCGGAACCCGCGCCCGGAGGCGCUGAGAUCGACUUUAAAUCGUAUGAAUUCGACGGCAAACGCGGUUCGAAGAAAAAGAAGCCGACAACUUCCAAACCUGAAGAUGGCCACGGCGCGGAGUCAGGCCCGGCAUUGGAGCGUCUGGUGCGUGAGACGCGCGCGCGCGUGCGAGCCUCGCGCCGCUAUUGGCUGCACCUGCCGGCCGUGCUGUGCGCCAGCACCAGCGUCACCAGCGCGCCUUGCUUUAACGGCUCGCAUGUCGCCAGCUACUCGUCGAUCGCGGCGGGCGACGGCAGCGCGGCGCUGGCGUCCAACCCGGAGGUGCGCGCCGCGCCGGCGCCCGGCCCCGCGCCGCCCGCCGACUCGCUGCGCGCCUUCACGGCGCGCCUCAAGGACGCCUACAACGGCGUCGAGGUGCAGUGGAAGGACUCUGCUGAAGAUCUUCAAUCGGCUGCAGCGUCAGUUAACGAGUUUGUGGAUAACGGCGGUUCGGGGUCAGGGUCGGGAGACGACACGAAUGACACCGAGGACCUCGGUGAUGACGACGAAAGGGAUUAUCCUGAAGGUUCCGGAGACAGCAGGCCAGGGCUGGACACGACAGAAACUGAUAUAGAUAACCGGCCAGCGGAAAUACCGAAUAUACCCAGCAUUGUCGACAUUCCUGGAACCAAUAAUGGCCAAGUGCGCGGUCGGGUGGAUGAGCCGCCGGUGACGAACACCGAUACUGCGGAUCGGGAAUUCGUCCCACCCAGAUCAUACCCAACCCCAGACGAAGUACCGUCAGGACCAGACCAGACCGGGGUCGAUGUUCCCUCCGGAUCGGACCAGGCUCGAGAAGAACCGGUCGCCGGUUCCGCAGACCGGCCAUCGCUGCAGACGGCACUCUUCACCUACGCCCUCCCGGUCGUGUGCGCGUGGUUCGGAACCAUCGUCACCGAUAUCUUCUAAACGACGCCUCGGUGACGUCACGUCGCGCAGUUAACUUAUUGUAGCAUAGGUAAUGCACGUAAUACAAAUAUUUAUUUCAUUUCCGUCGAUCGACUGAGGUCGGUGCGCGGGACGUGACGUCGCCGUGUCGGUUUCGUUGCGCGGAAGCCAAGAGCUAGUCAGUGCGAGUGAAGGUGAGCCGAGCGAGUCAGCGAACGCUCCUGUGAUAUGGACUGAGCGACAAAGGUCGGUGACUCUCAACAAAUUGAAAAAUAAUACACGGUGAACGUGAAGUGUUAAUUUAUUUUCGUAAUCGAAAUAUUCCGUUGUCGAAGGAAUAAGUGGUCGACAAUAACAAUGGAUUUAAUUAUUUUUUUUUAUAUAUAUAAAUAUACAUUUUUUAUCCAAAUUAUAUGGCAAUUAUGAAAAAUUUAGAAAAAAAAAAAUACAACCAAAUCGUGUAUUUAUUAAUCUUGUAAAUAUAACUUGUAAAUUGUAUUCGAAUUAGAUAGCGAAUGUUUUUAUCAUUUCUAGUACGUUUGUAUGUUUGUAUGUAUGGUACUUUAGUCCAUCGCUCAGCGUCGUCGUCGAAAUUUUUUAAGAUAUUCUUCAUAAUAUGUAAUAAAUGUUUGUAAACUUGGAUAUGAAUUCUCUGUACAUAGUGACGCGAAGCGGUGUGCCGUUUUCGGAAUAUCGGAAGUAUUUUAAAUGUAAAUAUUAAUUAGAUGUAUAACUAAGCGUAAGUUAAGACUGAUUUGCUUUCGAUAUUUCUUUUAUUAUUUAAAGGUACAAUACAAUCGUAACGCAUACCAUUUUGACGAAUUAAAAAAAAACCGUAAACAUAAUGUCAUUGGUUUUUUUUUUGAUAGAACGAAAAAAAAAAUUAAGGCAGUAGCUGUAUUUUUUUUAAAUAUUUUUGUUAUGAUUGCAUUGUAUCUUUGUGUCAUAUCUUUACUCGGAAUAGAAUUAACCGACUGACGUAGAUAAUUUCGCUCUACUAAUAUUAUUACUUUUUUAUUUUAAUAACGCAAUGUUAUCGUUUUAUUUUUAUACGUUGGCUUCAGCUUUACUUCGCUAUAAACGUAUUUUAAUUUACAAUCCGUAACAAUAUCAGCGUAUUGCAAAUUAAAUUUUAGAUUUUUUCUAUUGUAAGAUGCCAGUGUAUAGUGUCCUUAAGAAUGUCAUGGCGCACUUUGUGUGAGAAAAGAGACGGCAACAGUUAAAUACUGUUUUGUAGACCUUCGAUAAUCCGACACAGGUCUUACGAGACGAUGUCGGAGUACUGAGUGUUACCAUCAAUUCCUCAUAGUCUGGAAAUAUUGUAUCAUCUAAAGUUCAAGAAAAUACGAUUGCACCAUGUGACAAUCCACGUAGCCAAGUUAAAAUUCCUACCAAACUGAUUCUGAUUUGCUUAUGCAGGCUUAUAGAGGUGUCGACUUAGACAUGAGUUGGAUUAUCAAAGGUUUACUGUAAAUUGAAUUGUACAGACUAAUAUCUCUGUCUCUAUUUCUUAGAUAUUCAAGUGUUGUAUCAUCUGUGCUAAGAUUUGGUAGUACAUAAGUAACUUUCUUACAUGCCAUAAUCUUAUUAUAAUCAAAACGCACAAUAAUAUUGAUAUAAUAAAUAAUAACUGUUUAUUAAAUAAAUCGCAAUAAUUUUU